GCUCACGUCAGUAUCGGUGUGCUUGCAUUCAAGGCAUUCUCUUGAAAGUGUAGUCGUCACAUUAGAAUAAUGAACAGGCAAAUCGUAAUCGCUCUUUUGAGCUUAGGUAUCGUAGCUUUCUGCGAGGGCAAGGAGUUUUCGGAACUCUUGGAAGAAGAAAAAUUCGUUGAAUCCGUAAAGAAUUGUAUACUGGAUAAAGAUUCGUGCGACGAGAUGGGAUUUAAAGUGCGAAAUGUUCUACUACCUGAACUGAUCAGCAGAGAUUGCGAAAGUUGCAGUCCUUCUUUGAAAAAAGACGGACAAACAUUGCUGGCGCACCUGAAGGAACGAUAUCCUACCGAAUGGAUAAUCAUCUCUCACAUGUACGAUCAGGAGAUCUACGAUAUUCCUGGCUAUUACACGACUCCGCUGAUACCACCGCUAUGAAAACCGACUCGCAGUUAUUUUUAUUUUUAUUAUCUGUUUUCUCUAGCAUACUUGCAAAACGUAAUUUAAAUGUUAAAAAUUUUAAUAUAUACAUGUAAAAUAAUAAA